AUGACGACACCAAAAGCGACAACUCCAACGACAAUAGUCCAAAAGAGCAAUGAAACACUGAAAGCUAAGACUCCAAAGACCGAAAUCAUGACAACUCAGAAGAGCUACAAAAGAAAAAAUGAAAGUUGCGAUGACUCCAACGACAAUAGUCCAAAAGAGCAACGAAACACCGAAAGCUAA